AUGAGUAAACAGGCUGGUGACAAAGCAUUAAGCCCAAUUUCCCUUGCCCUACUUGAUCCAACAGCAAGCGAGACUGUCACUUGUCCAGUCCCUAAAGAACCAUGUGAAUGGGUGGUUGUGGGAGUGAAUGUGAGCGUCGAUGCUCCGCAACAUCACAUAAAAAGCCAUGCUUGUUCUACUGCAACAAAUGUUGCAAGCACGAUUCGGGACAUCGAUAUUGGCCUCAGCGGAGGACGAGCAGAGGCGGGCAAGCGCCAUGUCGCGACGGUGGAGGAGAAUCUUGAAGUCUUUGAGCAAAAGCUUUGGGUUCGGUGGCGGCCAUCGACGGGGUACAUCGGACGCUUUGCGGAAGUAUCCCAAAAACCCAUCUCUUUAGCCCAUUCUCGUCGGCGACCAGCAACCUCACGCGAGCACCACACUGAGAGCCGAGAGCCUGUAAUCGUCGCAAGCACCGGGUUAAGGAGGACCGCAAGCAGUAGCGAGAGCCCUCUGUCGCAUUCGAGUAGCACCGAGGACAACCAAGGACCAUCGGAGACGCAGCGCCUUUCCCCUCGACGCAACGCAACACCCGCGCCUCGCCGAGCCUUGUCCGCACACACGCCGUCGACCCGAGCAGGCAGCAGCGCCUCACCACCGUGCGCGGUCCACGCUGAGGAGUAA